UUCUGAAGGAAAGAAUAGAAGACCGCGCAACUUGUAUCCACUGUUUUCUUUAGCCACUGCGAGAAAGGAAAGAGAACAAGUCUGUAAAGCCUUACCUUCCUAGCCACUCUUGACAAUCAUCACAUGAAAGGUAUCGAUAGAAAAGUUUUGUGAAAAACAAUAGAGGAAAUCAGCGCGUUUGAGGCCUUGAGAUUGUUAGUGAUUGACAACAUGAAUUUAGACGUCAUCGAUUAAAUUAGUGACUAAACCAACACAAACAAAUUAAUUUGGCAAAAUCGAACUAUUUAUUUUGGUGUUUUUUUGGCAAACCCCUAGGUUCUUUUACACAUUGUCAAUGCUAAGCUAUUUUUAAUACCGUAGACAACGAAUAGCAGCACUUAAAUGCAACAAAUUGAUGACGUCCUAAUGAACUUGUACCUCUCGACACUGAAGCGAAGUAAAUACACAUUGGCCGUGAAAUCGUAGAAGCUGCGGCCCACUAUAAAUACCAGCCACCAACCCAUGCAACGAGUAAUUGAAUUUUGGACGAUUAUUUGUCAGGACGUGCCUGUAGUGGACGCUAGUGACAAAAGUGUCAGAAGCAAUACGCACAAUACGAAGGAUCGGUCGACCAGGUGCAAAUUUUGGUUCGCAAAGAGGCUGAGUUUUUAAUUGUCACUCCACCAAGAGAAAAUAAAAGCAGCAUGCGCGACCCAAGGAAUAGAUUACCAAAGUACGAGUCGGACGCUUUCGACAAUGUCGAAUAUGAGUUCCGUAUGACGUACACAGUGGAGACCGACCGCCGUAUUAUGAGUUUCGUUGAUUCACGUUGGGGCAUGGAAGUAACCGGUGGUAGUGAUCAAUUUGAACCGUUAACUAUUAUAAAUGUAACGCCAACGGGGAUGGCGCGAAGCGCUGGCAUGCGGGUUGGUGAUGAAAUAACACGAAUUAACGAUACACCAGCAUUGGAACUAACCUUCAAUCAAGCAUUGGAUUUGUUUCGUAAAAAUAGACGUUAUGUGCGGGUUUAUGUAAGAGGCGAUAUUGAAGAUGGUGGUGAAGAGGACUGGACUUGCCACUACUGGUUUAGGCCACGCAAGCCUUGGAGACGUGAUUUCACACCCAUCCAAUGGGAGUUCCCAUGGAAUGAUCGUCGCAAGCCCAUCUAUCGUGAAUCCAACUGCUUUAUGGUGCCCAGCAAGAUGGAGGAGAAGAUACGCGAACGUCGUGCAGCCACCUCUGCGGUGCAUAAAAAGGCAGAACUUGAACCACAUACCCGCUCGCUAACACCAUCUCCCAGGCCCAAAAAUCAGCCUGGCGAAAAUUUAAUGGAGACCAUGUUCAAAAAAUAAUCUACGCAGUUCAACGAACGAACGAAGUGAAAAUGGUUACUGAACCGAUGUCAAAGCGAUGAAACGCGUUAGCAAAAAAUGCUGAAAACAAAUUGGAUUGUGAAUUUUGCAAGCAAAAAGACAUAAUACAUUUACGUUGGCAAAUCUUUUGCUCCGAAAUUCACAAAAACACAAAAAACAUUCGCGGUUUUUCAUUCCAGUUCCAGAAACAUAUGCGUACAUAUAUAGACUGGCGUUUAUAUGUAUGAAUAAUAUCUGCCACAUACUAGAGUAUUGCUCACAUAGAAAGAAAUAGUUUAAGGAGUAAUCGAAGGGAGAAUUUAAUACACAUUCUAAUAUUUAUACUAAAGACACAUGUUAUAAAGCUGAAAAUAAUUUUUUAAAUCUUUAUAAAAAUGUGAAAUUAUAAUAAAAAAUUCUUACGGGUAAUUUGGAAUCAAAAAACGUUUUUGAUUUUAAGCUUUAGAGUAUCACUUGACUUACAGUCAUUCACAGGAAGAAAAAGUGAGAGGAGCACUUAAAAAAAGUGACCUGCCGUCUGCGCGAACUGCAAACACCAUCGCGAUGCUUGAUUCCUCCAGCGAUGAUUCCUUAUCGAGAAGGCGAAAUCC